UUUAAUGCCAGCCGAAGUCGACGUUAAUAUUUGUCGGCGCAGGGCUCUGCAAACUAGUGCGACUAAUUUUGUAAAAAUUUCUCUUUAAAAUUAAAAUAAAUUAAUAAAAUCCCUAAAAAUGGCUAAAAUGGCAUUUCAACACCAGGCCGGCACGGCCAUGGAGUGUUUGAGUAUUCCUAUAACACUGCACAAGGAAAAGGAUUAUGACCAGGAAGGCAGAGAGAUCUUAAAAUGUGGUUUCAAGAUUGGUGGUGGCAUUGAUCAGGAUUAUAAGAAAAGUCCACAGGGAUAUACAGAUUAUGGUAUUUAUGUUACUGAGGUACAUGAUGGUAGUCCUGCUGCCCGUGCCGGUUUACGCAUACACGAUAAGAUUUUACAAUGUAAUGGCUAUGAUUUUACCAUGGUCACUCAUAAAAAAGCUGUCAGUUAUAUACGAAAGCAUCCGGUAUUGAAUAUGUUGGUGGCACGUAAGGGUGUCACCUCCACAUAAGUUUUUUUUACCAUAAGUGUAGCGCCAGUUGAAUUUUACUCAAAAACCUCUUGUCUACCUAUUAAAUACAAAUUAAGCAAUUGUUAUCGUCUGCAUAAUCAUAUACCUACACUACUCUACACAAAACUCACGAAGCUCUCUUCAUCUUUAACCACCUAAAAACUCGGCAACUUUACUGUAUUUCUAAUAGGUGUAGAUGGACUCAAUGCCAUUGGAAAAACUCAAUGCAAGUGAAAAAUCCUGUUUUUACCAUUAAGGGCUUGAGUCCGUUCUACACUGUGCUUAAAUUAGACAUCCAAAUAUAUAUAACUUUCCAGCAAUGACUUAAGAAAGUCGUUCAAAAGUAAUUAGUAUUUGUAUUAAUAAUGGAUGUUGUUAUAAUUUAAGCAAACUUUGAAGAUCUCUUUUUUUCUUAAUCUAAUAAUGAUAAUUAUUUUAUAAACUUAUUAAAACUAUUUAAAUAUUUUUCUAAUUUCUCAAUUGUCGUUCCAAGCCAAUAUAAAUAUUUAAUCCGUGGACAAAUUAAUGCUAUAAGUCUAUGCUUAUAAACAAUUUUAUAAUAAAUUAUUAAAGAAACAAUAUGUAUUAAUUAAAUGUACAUUAGAAAAAGUAACACGCAUUUAUAUUUAAAACAAAAUCACCACAAAACCUUUAUACUGUUUUUAUAUGCACCACAACUUGUAGUACAGAGUAGCUAUUCAUUCAUACUUAUUUAUACAGUUAUUUUUUUAAUUAAAAUUUCCCAUUUUUUUAUACUAAAACAUAGAUGUUUUUAUUAAAAUAUCUAAAGAAAAAUAGUAUUUUAUGUGAUAGAAAAGCAGCUAACAAAAAAUUAAAUAUGUUU